CUAUUUUUUGGGGAUAUAGCAAACCUCUGUUCGCCGUCUUUGUCUCCUUCCAUCAGUCGAUCAAUUUUUUUUUUCUUCUGUGUUUCGAUGAAUCCUUCGAUGCCUAGCAGAUUGUAAAUUGUAUCGGAGUUCAAAGUUCCUUUCUUCCUUCUCCGUUAAGUUCAGAUUAUUUUUUUCAGAUAUUCGAUUAUAGGAGUCCGUCGGGCGGAUUCCAGCUCCGAUCACGUGCCGGAAAAACAAAUGGGCAGUUUCAUUUUUUAUUUAAUAUGGAGAGUUGUGGGCUUUAAAUAUGGUGAAUGGAUGGAAUGAAUGAAAGGAGAAAAGCAAGGAAAUAAAAGUUAAAUCAAAUGACUUUUGGACUUCAUCUAAAGGUGUGAGCUGGCCAGAAUAGAUUGGAGCACGUAACGAGACAUAAAAGACGUGUAAGAAUGAGGUGUAAGGUUCCUUCACUGGUAGAUUUAUGUGUUCAGACAGCUGUAGAUAAUGUUAGAUACCUUGGGGAUGUUGGUGAAACAGACAUUCAUCUACUGGAGCGCGUUUUGCCUCACUGUUCUCUUGAACAAUUAAUACAUGUGGAGAAUUCGACAGAAGGAAGAGAUCUCAGUCAAGUGACUGAUAGACUUUGGAAGAGGUUUUACCAGAUUGAAUUUGGUGACAAGAGCAUCAAUCAGGUGGUCGAGAGAAUGAAGCAAAGGAAAGUAACAUUUAAAUGGAAACAGUUAUAUGAGGCAAAGUCAAAGGAAGUGGAGGAAACUCAACAAAGGUCAUUCGAAAGAAUCAAGGAAUUGUACCAAAAUGAAAAUGCCAAACGGCAAAGCCGACAAGUUCGAGUCUGCACAAAGGUUCCGCCUUCUAGCAAUAAAAGAAGCUUUUACGGUAGUGGACUUGGUAGCAAUUUUGGCAACACAAGGAGUCCCUUGAUGAAGAAGGCAAAAAUAGAGUUUGUCAACAGUCGAGAAGUGAAGAAUUUGGUUGCUAUGAAGAAUAAGACUGUGCAAAGAAAUCAUAGCCAAGUUUCUUCUAUUAAGAAACCAGGUGGUUUAGUUUCUUUUCAAGAAAGAGGUAGAGGAUAUGAGCCUCCCAGCCAAGUUUCUUCUAUUAAGAAACCAGGUGGUUUAGUUUCUUCUCAAGAAAGAGGUAGAGGAUAUGAGCCUGACACCGCAGCUAGGCGUGGUUCCUCUCCUAUGGCUUCGUCCUCAAGAUCGAAAUUUACAAGCCGGUGGGAUAGAUCUUAGGCUGGCAUUUUAUAUAUCAAAGUUGGCUGUUGAAAGAAAAUUUGAGUAGUGUGUUUUCUGCUACAUGAAAGCGCAAUACUGUAAUUUUCAUGAAACGCCUGAAAGCGCAACUCUGUAAUUUUCAUAAAACGUUUGGCGUGCUUGGUAUAUCAUACUUUACAUUAUUCUAAA